UUUAUAAUUGCCGUGCACAUCAUUCCACACAGCUCAGUCAGGACGACCAGGGUUCACCUUUUCUACAGCUAAUUGUAAGGCAGAUUGCACAGAAUGGAAACGAAGAAGGUUCUGUAUUUUGCUCCAGGACCAGCGAAACUCGCACGACAGGUUUUGAUGCAAGCCCAGAAGGAACUGCUGGAUUACAAUGGUCUUGGGAUUAGUGUUCUUGAAAUGAGCCACAGAUCACCAGAUUUCUUGAAGAUAAUCAAGUCAACUGAAACUCUACUUCGUCAAAUCAUGAAUAUUCCUGAAAACUACAAGGUUUUGUUUUUACAAGGCGGUGGUAUGGGCCAGUUCAGUGCCAUUCCUCUUAAUCUGCUCAGUCUGAAGAAAGACAGAUGUGCGGAUUAUAUUGUAACAGGUAGCUGGUCUGCAGCAGCUGCCAAAGAGGCUGAGAAUUACGGCAAAGUGAAUGUGGUGAAUCCACAACUGGACGGAUACACUGGCAUCCCGGACAGCAGCAGUUGGUCACUGAACCCUUCAGCGUCCUACGUUUACUUCUGCUGGAACGAAACAAUCCACGGCAUUGAGUUCGACUUCAUUCCUGACACCAAGGAUGUGAUUCUCAUCAGCGAUAUGUCCUCAAAUUUCUUAUCGAAACCUGUUGACGUAUCGAAGUUCGGGCUCAUAUUUGCAGGUGCACAUAAGAAUGCAGGGUGUGCAGGAGUCACUAUUGUGAUUGUCCGCGAGGAUCUGUUGGGAAAAGCUUUGAAGGAGUGCCCUUCGAUAUUAAAUUACCAAGUGCAAGCGGAACACAGUUCCCUAUACAACACCCCACCUACGUACAGCAUCUACAUUACAAACCUGGUUCUUGAGUGGAUGAAGAAUAAUGGGGGUAUAGACGGCAUGGAUAAACUGAGUACGCAGAAAUCUGCUUUGAUUUACAACAUCAUCGACAACUCCAAUGGAUUUUACAUAUCCUCUGUUGAUAUACAGUGCCGGAGUCGCAUGAACAUUCCGUUCCAUAUUGGAAGCAGCACAGGAGACGAAAUGCUGGAGAAAUGCUUUCUGGAAGGUGCUUCCAAACUCAGAAUGAAUUCAUUAGAAGGACACAGAUUUGUUGGUGGAUUACGAGUUUCUCUCUACAACGCCGUGAGUCUGGAAGAUACUCAAGCUCUUGCUGCCUACAUGAAAGACUUCUGAAGCAGCAUUCUUCUAAUAAUGUGCAUCAAUAAACUACAAGUAAAAUCCUAA